CGUACAACUUCUAGAAGAUUCUAGAUAUUUCUAUUGUCCUUAGACAGGUAGUUGAGACCCGGGUAAGUAGUUUCUUCCUCAGUCGUAGGUAACAGUGUCGAAGAAUCAACAGUCUUAGUUACACCGCACGAACGUUAAGAGUUCAGAAGUUUCCAAAACGAUUUGGAUAUUUCCGUUGCCGUGACGAGGCGCAUCAUCUCUCUUCGUCGAAGCGUGUGACUGGUAAAUUAAUUCCAGAUUAAUAAUAUAAAUUCAACAACGGGAUCUUUUUGUCUCAUUCUCACCGGGUAAAAGUGAAAAAUCGUUGGACACGUGGUGGCGAAAUUCAUCAUGGCGACAAUCUAUUACUGCAAUAACUAUAACAAUUCGAUUGUGCAGCCUACGACCUGGUGCGAGAAAGAUGAAUAUGAUACAACAUCGGAGAGUAUGUCGAAAAAUUCCGAUGAAAAGUCAUCGCCACAAGAAUGUCUUAAGAUGCAAUCAUAUCCUGAAAUACACUUGCCUGCUCCGCUUUUCUUCCCUGAAGAGGAUGAAUUUGAUAUACCUAUAAUAUUUGAGUCUGAUCCCGAGUCUGAAACCGAAUGGCGUACAUCGGGGCCAAUACCUGGCGAAAAGCGUCCAUAUGAUUACUAUGUUAUAAAAAAAUUUUUAGAACAACGUAUGCCAAAGAAUGAAGUGAAUACAUUGUUCAAGAAUUUCGAUAAUCUUUACGACAGAAAUAGUUUGUUAUGCUGUAUGCUCGCAAAUGACAUAUUGGACAAAAUAAUUGAACAUUUACCACCCGAUACUAAGGAAACUGUACCUUUAGAGCCUGAAAAGUCAUCGGACAAUAACAUUCAGGACGUUAAAUGUGAAACAUCAACGAACGACUUUCAGAAUGUCAAGGAUAAAACAUUAAAGCCCGACUUGGAGAGCUUAAAAGAGGAUGAAAAUUUAAGAAACAAUUCUCAAAACGUUGAAUAUAAAGAGCCCAAUAUCUUGACGUCACUUUAUAGCCCGCCAAAUAAAUAUCUGAUUGUAGAGGACGUGCAGAAGAACGUCGGACAAAACUUUUGUAGCGACUUUCCCAGCAUCGUUCAUUUUCAUGAACUGUCUAGCAAUCCUGAUUCCGAAAUAUUCGCUAUCUAUCAGAAAGAAGAACCUGAGAAACCCAUAGAGAAGGAGGAACAAGAUAAGACAGAGCUCCCAUACUAUUUUAAAUUAGCAGUUAAACGGGCUGAUGUUAUCUAUGGCGACCCUAGUUAUUGGCUCGACCAAUCGGUCCAAUGUAUGAUGUGUAGUCGAAAUUUGCAAGCUCGCUUAACUAUCCUCGACGACAACAAAAGUGUCUUGAUUGAUGAUGUGAUGCACGAUUUCAUGAUUCCAUACAAGUAUAACUAUUAUGUGGGAUUAGCGCAUUACAAUUGUAAGAAGGAUUUUAACAGAAGUGGGUUUUCUUAUCAUUGUACAUUAUUACAUGAUAGGAAGUUGAAGGAACCGAUAACCACGAUGGAUCUGUUCUAUACGUUGAUAAUCAUGCUGGCAUUGACCAAUCUCCCGAUAUUCCUCGGUUUUCUGGUUUACGACAUAUUCGUAAAUCAGAUAAAUAGAAUUGACCAGCGUGAAAUGUGGAUCAUUCUUCUAUAUAUGCUGUUAUUCGUACUCCUAGCCAUAAGUCAACUAUAUAGUUACUAUAAGAAGAGGAAUAACAUCAUUGAGAAAAUAUACUUGGUAGUAUGGGAAAAUCAGCCUUUCUUCAAAAACUCCAAGUGA